AAUAUCCCCAUUCUAUUCCAAUAGUCCUACCACAAUCUAACACAUACCAAUGUCGCCCAAAACCAACCCAGACCCAACAGCCCUCUCCCAAACCUUCUCCUGUACAACCUCAACCCACACCUUCACACUCAAAUGGACCUCCCUCGGCGACCCCAAUUCCGCACCCUUAAUCUUCAUCCACGGCACCCCCUGGUCCUCCCGCGUCUGGAAACCCUUCGCCCUCGCCCUAUCCCGCCACUACCACGUCUACCUCUUCGACAACCCAGGUUUCGGCGACUCGCCCUUGGAAAAGCCCCUCCCCAACGCACCAGAAACCCAGAAUUUAAACAACGUAGUUGAAUUAGAUGCGGAUCUAGCACGGCAAUCAGAAGCCUACGCCCACCUCUUCAAACACUGGCAACAAUCCUGGGGCGACAAGAAACCCCACGUCGUCGCGCACGACCACGGCGGACUGAUGAGUCUGCGAGCGUACCUACUACACGACUGUGAGUACGCGAGUUUGUGUCUCAUCAACGUCGUUGCGAUCGGACCUUUUGGACAGGGGUUGUUCAGGUCGGUAGCGGAGAAUCCGGAGAGCUUUCGAGGGCUGCCGGAUGUGGCGUUUGAGGGGAUAUUGGAGUCGUAUAUACGGCAGGCUGCGUAUUUUGAGGUCGGGAAGGAGAUGAUGGGUGUGUUGAAGGGGCCGUGGGUGAGGGAGGGGGGGAAGAAGGGGCUUGUGAGGCAGUUGUGUCAGGCGAAUUGGAGGAGUACGGAGGAGGUUGAGGGGAGGUAUGGGGAGGUUGGGGAAGGUAUUCCUGUGAAGGUUAUUUGGGGGGUUGAGGAUAGGUGGAUUCCUGUGGAGACGGCGGGGCGGUUGGGGGAGGCGUUGAAGGCGAGGGAAGUCGUGAUUGUGGAGGAGGCGGGACAUUUGAGUUUCAUUGAUCAGGCUGGGCAGGUUGGGGUUGAAUUGGGCACUUGGUUGAGGGAUGUAUCCGGGAAAGAUGAGGAUCUUGAACGGAGAGGAAAUGCUGCUUAG